AUGACAGUAGUGAUUGGUGAUGAGUUAUUUCUUUACCAACAUCGAAGUUUGAGCUGUGUCGUUCGACCUGGUUCUACCGCGCCAGUCAUGUUUUGUAUAUCAGAAGAGGACAAUUUUCACGAUGCCUACAUGUGGGAUAUUGUUUGGUCAGUGCAAUUAGGCCAGCAACCAAAAUAUAUUAAGUAUUCUCCUGAUGGUGUAUUCCUCGCUAUUUCUGGUGAAAAUGACCAUUUAGUAAAAAUCUUUUAUCAGGAUUCUUUUGACAGCCAAGAGCAUCUUAGCUUUGGUUCUUUCGUUCUUAACCACCCAGCGCCCGUCCGAGGAUUUGAGUGGAGGCGGAUUGGGAGAUAUAUGCCGCGGAAGUGUAUCCAAACGGUGUUAAUGACAUGGUGUGAAGACAAUACAUCACGAAUUUGGAAGGAAUCGCCGUUCCAGGAGCUAACAAUAAGCGAUCUCUGCGGUGAUGGAGGUGAAGUAUCCUGGGAGAAAAAUAGGCCUCGAAAAUUUUUUGGGAAGCAUUUCCGAGUCAAAAAGAUCAGGAAUAGGAUCGUCAACAAGCUGAAAGGGAUCGUGUACGUAUUUUGCAAUUUAUACGGAAGGUCAGAAAGGAAGCGUUAUAGUGAGGAGUCGCUCAAUGCCUUUGGGUCUGAGGGCCCAGAUUGGGAAAAGCCCUUCAUUUAG